AUGAUUUCCUCAGAACCCAUCGUCGAGCCGGUCACAAAUGGGCACUCGAGUCAAAAAGCCGGGUCUGCUAGAGACCUCUUCUCCCUCGACCGCAGAACUAUCAUCGUGACCGGUGCGACGGGCGGUAUGGGCAUCGUGGUGGUCAAGGCGAUAUUGCAGUCCGGGGCCGAUGUGAUUGCCAUUGACCGCGAGGCGGAGCCCAAGUCUUUCAGCGGAGAAGACCUACAAAGCACCGCAGAAAAGAGCGGGACGAUUGCGUCCUACUACCAAUGCGACAUCUCCGACCUCGAGUCCACGUACGCCGUCUUCGAGCACGCCGUCUCGUCCGCCCGAUACCCCCUGCGCGGCCUGGUCAACUGCGCGGCGAUCGGCUGGGUCGGCCCCUCGAUCAGCUUCCCCGUCGACGACGCCAAGCGCAUCAUCGAGGUUAACUUGGUCGGGACGCUGAUCUGUGCGCAGGCCGCGGCGCGGUUGGUCAAGAAACACGGCUUUGCCGCCAGCUUUGUCUUUAUCGCGAGCAUGAGUGGAUACGUGGUCAAUAAGGGCACACCCAACGCCGCCUACGCCGCCUCCAAGGCCGGCGUGCACCAGCUCACGCGCAACCUGGCGUCGGAAUGGGGUUCCCCGAACGACACAGACGGGGCCUCGCCUUCGCCCUCGAUCCGAGUCAACUCGGUCAGCCCGGGCGUCAUCCGCACUCCGAUGACCGCGGGCGUCCUGUCCAACAGCCACUUUGAGCACAUGUGGACCGAAGAAACCAUGCUGAAGCGCCUGUCCGUGCCGGACGACUACAUUGGGCCCAUUAUCUUCCUGCUCUCGGACGCCAGCUCGUAUGUCACGGGGUCGGAUUUGUUGGUCGAUGGAGGGUACACGCGGUGGUAA